AUGUCUGACAGAAGCUUGCCCACUGACUUGAAGAACCAGGAAAACGCGACACAGCGCAUCAAAAGCGCGUCUCAACAACCUUCAACCGCCAAGAUGCCCUCGCGAAAGCGAUCAAUCGAAGCUGGCGAUGGGCCGAGCGCCGAUGAGUCGACGCUGUCUCGCCUGCGAAACAUGUGGCAGUUUGCCAAUCUCAGCCAGUGGAUUUACAUCUUUGGCAAGGCUGCGAAGAUUGACGAGCAGGAAAUACUCAACUCUCAAGCACAGAAGCUUUAUCUAUUACGAGCGCCAGAGCGCAAUCCCUUCGGAACCGAUGAUACCGCCCUGAAUUUCCAAGACUUUGAUGUCUUCACAAAGAUCACAGUCCUACAGCAGCUUACCCAGUGGGUGAUGAUUCAUCCAGAGCGGUUUCGCGACAAAAUGGAGGAACAGAAGGAUGUCGAUCAGGCAACGUGGCGCAUCGAGCCCUACGGAUGGGACAGCGAGGAUAGAACUUAUUUCGUGCUGGACGACAACCGCGUUUAUCGAUUGACAGAAGCGCCUCCUGCUCCGCCACCGAAGCCGAAAAAGAAGAGGAAGUCAUUUCGCGCAGGGCGCCGCACGAGUAAGCGCAGACGUACCGACCAAGGAAACUCCAGUCAACCCGAUGAAACCAUGGAUAUUGAUGAAGAAAUGCAUGCAGAGCCUGAAGAUGACGGGCUAGGUGGAAUGACUUGGGAAUGUCUUGCCAUCUCACUCGGGGAAGUCCAAGCGCUUCUGGAAGGGUUCCGGAAAACUCGCGACGAGAAUGAGAAGGUUUUACGAAAGCAGUUACAGGACCAUCUCGUUCCGAUUCUCGAGAAGCAGGAGGAAAGUCGGAAGAGAAAGGCACUCCAGCGUGAGAGAGAACUUCUCAACUUGGCCAAGAUGGCCAACGCUAAACGAUCAAGCCGUCUUGCUGGAAAAGCCGAACAAAAGAAACAAGAAGAAAAGGCCAGGGAAGAACUUGAGCAGCAGAAAGAGGAAGAAACCAUUCGUCGCCGGGAAGCAAGUGCACAGAUAAAGAUGGAGCAAGAGCGUGAGCGGAGGAUGGCGUCCAGGGGCAACCGUUUGAAGGAGCGCGAGGCCCGCCGUAUUCAACACGAGGAAGAGCUCGCUCAACUGUCUGAAGAUAGCAAACGAACAAAUGACGGUGCCGGAAGAGCUUCCGCAAGGCGCCUACAGGCCGAGAUUGAGAAGAAUCAGCAAGCUCUCAUGGAACUCAGCGCUGAAGAAGACAAUUGGGUUUUUGAUUGCGUAUGCGGUCUAUAUGGCCAAGUUGACGACGGUACUCACAGCGUUGCUUGUGAGACAUGCAACGUGUGGCAACACAGUAAAUGUCUCAACAUUAGUGAGGCUGAAGCUGAAAGAGCAGACUUCCACUUUGUUUGUGAAUCUUGUCGUCGCCGUCAAGAAGAACUCUCAAAGCCAAUUCAUCAAAUUCAACAGCUUAAAGUGCGCCAGACCACGCCUAACCAAGCCCAGACUCCUCUAGCUGGGAACAAUGUUCUUACGAUAAACCCUGCCUCGGAACAGAAGAACGGCCACAGUGUUGUUGGGUUGAAGCACUCAGCUGGGUCCGGGCCCAAGCCAAUAGUACCUGAAGCUUUGAGCCUGUCGCAACAAAAACCAGCAGACGUUUUACAGCCAAAUUCACCAAAUAAAUCCUCCUUCGAGAUACCGCCCUCAUUUGGAACACCAGCUUCAUCAACUAAGCAAGUUCUCAAUCUUGACAACGGCCCCGAAGCAUCGCUUAGCACACCAAGCAUUACUCGAGAAAUAUAUCGUGCGGCCCAUUUGGAAAAUGGAAAUCUGCCUUCUCAUGCAGGAAUAUCACCAAUAAAACACUCACCACGCAGUUCAUUCACAGCGUCCAGUCCAAGUUCUCACAACAUACACGGUGCGAGCGCUACAGCUCUGGCACCUGAGUUGACCUUGUCGCCAAACCCCCAGAAACCAAUUCUAACGCCGCCUACAAAACAGGCCGAAUCUGCAAGGCCGAUAGAGCGAAGUUAG